AUGACGAUUCAAGAUGGAAUUGAAUCUCCUCGCCUUCCUAAUAUGCCAGAUCAUGCAUUAAUCGGCGAGGCUGCCAAAAUCCCCAUCAAAGCCCCGACACCUGUCAUCUCCGUCAGCCCUAUCAUACUGCCAGCUCCAGAUCGUAUCAUUGAUUUACACAUCCGGGUCUCUGCACCAACAGUUGGCGAAAAUCUGCCAAUUGUCCUUCUGUCGCACGGCCAGGGUAGAUCGAACAACUUAUCUUCUCUGAACGGCUACGGUCCACUCGUCAACUUCUGGGCUGCGCGCGGCAUCGUCGUCAUCCAACCCAGCCAUCUUAGCUCCAAGACACUGAAUCUCGGAGCCAGCACCGCUCCCGAUGCACCACUUUUCUACCGCUCCCGUGUCCUGGACAUGAAGCUGAUCCUCGAUAACCUCGAUAAGAUCGAGGCUGCAUUCCCUCAGCUGCAGGGUCGUUUAGACCACAGUCGCAUUGCUGUGGCAGGACACUCGAUGGGUGGUAACACUGCAAGUCUGCUACUUGGUGCACGCUGCAUUGACCCCAUCGACGGCUCCGAGAUCAAUUUGCAUGAUCGGCGCAUCAAGGCCGGUGUGCUACUCGCGGCACCCGGCGACGGCCGUAACGGCGAUGGGCUUACCGAGCUUGUUAAGGAGAAGUUUGGAUUCAUGAAGACGCAGAUCCAUGCGGAGAUGGAGACUCCUACUCUUGUCGUGACCGGCGAAGAAGACGGGGCUUCUUUCUUGACGACCCGUGGUGCAGAGUUCCACGCAGAUGCGUACCAUUUUAGCAAAGGCCCAAAGUCGCUGUUGACUAUUGCUGGUGGGAAACAUGGCUUGGGGGGUAUCUCUGGCUAUGAUACCGCCGAGGCUGCGAAUGAUGAGAGUCCUGAACGUGUUGGUGUGACUCAACGGCUUACCUGGGCCUAUCUGUAUAGUCAGUUCUAUCCAGAAGAUUCCGCUUGGGUCACUGCUGUCGAUGCUUUGGUUUGUGGUAUAUGGGUUGUUGAGGAGACUGCCAAGAUGUACUAG